AUGGCGCCCCGGCCAUCCUUGCUGGGCCUCAGCACAGCAACAUGGCUCUUCCUCGCGAGCUUCGCCCCUAACCCAACACUCGCCCACCCUUUCCCAAAAGACGACCUGCACGCAGCCGGCUAUGGCUAUCUCAUGCCGCGCCAGUGCAACGAGUACUGCGGCUACAACAACAUGUUCUGCUGCGACGCCGGCACCCAAUGCUUCACAGCCGACGGCAUCGCCGGCUGCUCGUCCACCGAUGGCGGCGGCUGGGCCCGCUACACCACCACCUGGACCCUCACCCAGACCUUCACCCGAACCUACAACUCCUACGUCCCCGCCGGCACCGCCCCGCCCGGUACCGGCAACUGCGUGCCCCCCGAAGGCUCCGGCCAGAUCGCCUGCGGCAACAUCUGCUGCGCCAGCUGGCAGUACUGCGCCUACGAAGGCCACGGCACGGCCACAGCCACAGGCAACCCAACCGGCACCGCCACCGACGACCCCUCACAGACCUCCGAAGGCGCCGGGGUCGGCGGCGGAACGACCAGCGGCAGCAGCGGUCUCAGCGGCGGCGCGAUCGCGGGUAUCGUCAUCGGCACCAUUGCCGGCGUGGCCUUGCUGCUGAUGAUCUGCGCGUGCUGUGUCGUGCGCGGGCUCUGGCAUAGCUUGCUCGCGCUGCUGGGACUGAGGAAGAAGAAGGAGACGGAGACGGUUAUUGAGGAGGAGCGGUACCAUCGGCAUGGGUCGGCGACGCAUCGGGAUAGUCAUGGGUCGUGGUAUGGUGGUGGUGGAAGGCCGAGUUCGGCAGCUGCGAGGAAGGAGAAGUCGAAGGGGGCUGGGUUGUUGGGUUUGGGCGCGGCGCUGGGGACGAUUGCGUUGCUGUUGGGGUUGAGGAGGGAUAAGAAGAAGAAGGAGGCGCCGUCGAGGAAGUCGAGGAGUGAUAUCUCGAGUAGUUACUGGUCGGAUUCUUAUACGGCUACUAGUCCGAGCUCAAGAAGCAGCGACAGACGCACCCGGCACUCGCGCCCCAGUCGCGCCCCUAGCCGGGUCACCCGGACUACACACACCCAUACCCGUGUAUCGCGGUCCCGGGGCCCAUCGGUCCGCUCGCAGCGGUCGCCGCGGCCAUGA